GUCAAUUUGUUUUCAUUUAGUUAGCUACAGUGUGAUGGCCUGACGGGAGAGUCCUCUGGUGAAAUAGAAGGUUUCAAAUGAUUUCCAAUGUCCCAAAACAGACAAGAACAGGAAGAAACCCAGUCAGAUGAAAAAUGCCACCAAGAGCUAGAAGCAGUGGAAAAGGAGUUGGAAGACAGUGCAGACAUAACUGAUUUUAACCUGCUAGAUGGUCCUCAGACUUCAACCGCAGAACAAGCACUGAAGCCUGAGAGCUGGCUUUGGGGAUGGUUUCCCUUCCCUCUUCUCUCCGGGCUGACCUGGUUGGGAGACAGAAACAAGUCCCUUCAGGAGCCAGUUUGCUGCCAAGUGCAGAGAAAAAGAACAUCCAGUAACAUGUGCCCAGCAUGUGAGAUUAUGUUCUGCAAAAAAUGUGAGACAUUACAUUACAGCCGGGUCUUCAUUGAACAUGGGCUCCUGGGUCACAGCACAGAAGGCUUGCCAGAGGCUCCGAGUCCCACUGUGAGCACAGGUUCCAUAGACUUAGUUGAUGCUCCAGUGGAAGCAGAAGCUAGAGAGACAAAGUGGCCAUGAGAGGGAACAAUGGACAUUUCUUGAUGGCCCACCAACACCAGCCAUCUGCUUAAUUUAUUAACCUAAAAGGAUGGAAGUUUGCCCAACUUCACCAUGACUACUCAUAUGUGUAUGCAGAAAGGAUUGUUGUGAAUAAAAUCUAUUUGGCUUUGAGGCUUUCCAAAAACAUGGAGUUAUAAUAAGGUUGGAAGGAUACCAGAAAAAUCUUAAGUAUAGCAUCCUAAAGAUUAGGAUGGUUCUAAUCUUUACCUCUGCUAGCUCAGUUCAUAGAUUUUAACUAUGUUCUAGUCACUUUCAUACUUUUAUUUAUAUCAAUGUUCUCCAACUUGUUACCUCCAACUGUGUUGGUAGCCUCUCCUACUAAUAUUUCAUGUUUGGUCUAGAAACGUGUCUUUAAACCCUCAGAACUUCUUAUGAUCAUCGUAUGUAGUUUCCCAAGUUUCCUUGGAAUUAACAAAUUUGGGAUCAAUAAGAAAAACAUUUAUUUUUUUCCCAAGCUACUUGAGUUUGGGUAUUUUGUGUUUAUAGUGUGAGGGAAUCCUACCAAAGUUAUUGUCAUACAAAAAUUAGCCAAUGGUUUUAGUUGUGUCAUUUAGAAUGAAAAGUUCAUCUGGAAGUCAACCUAAAAUCCCAUUAUUGGUGGGGAAUAAAUGACUGAAAGCAAAACAGAACAUCUUUGCCAGAAACUCUGUCAGCCCAAGAAGAUAAACCAGACUUAAGAAAUUAAUGCUGUAGAGAUUUUAUUGAACAGUUAUAGUAACAGAAUCUUGCAGGCCUGAAUGUGCUUCCUCCUCCCUCACUUUAUCUUUAUGUGAACUAGGAAAGGAAGCAGUUUCUCAGGUUAUUUUAUUGGUCUGGGCUCAAGCCCCGUUUAUCUGACUGUUGCCUUAGUAGCAGCUCUUCAAGGCCAUUCCAUCUGCCCUGCACAAAUAGUGAAUGGCCUCCCUGAAAUUUGCAGGUGUGCUAAACUGCCUGGAGGAUUUCCUUUCCCUGGUCUGAUACAGUGGUUCAGUGUGUCAUCUUGGCAUAAUAUGAACCAUGCUAUUAUGUUAAUAAGGUGACCAACUUUUUUACAAUUAAAAGGACACAAAUAAAUUGAAGAAAAAAAUAUCGUAAAUAAAAGAAACAUUUUAUUCAUUGCAACAAUACAGAUAACUUGCAUGUGCAAA